UAAAGAGUCGAAUCUUAAUUCAGACGCGAUACGAGAAAGAAAGAUACUCUUGUUAAUCGCCCAUCCGGAUGAUGAAUGUAUGUUUUUUGGACCAAGUUUGUUAGAGUUGGUGCCGAAGAAUAGGAUUCAUGUGUUGUGCCUGUCGAUCGGAAACGAAUCAGGAUUGGGCGAGAUUCGAAGGAAAGAACUUGAGGCUAGUUGUGUUACAUUAGGGAUCGAUGUCGAAAAUGUUUCUAGCUUGGAUCAUCAGUCAUUGCAAGAUGGACCGAACAACUCUUGGGAUUCGAACGUGAUAUCCACAAUUUUGGAUGACUAUGUGAAUAAGAACGACAUUGAUAUG